GUUUUGACGGUGGAUGAGGUGGAACAGUCGGUAUUCUCUGUUGGCUAUAUUGAAAUGUUCUGGAGUGAUCCAGACCUUAUAUGGGAUCAGGCAGAGUAUGGGGGAGUGGAUACUAUCAGCGUUCGUUAUGAUGAAAUCUGGCACCCAUCAAUUCGAAUAGCCAACACAGCUGACCCCGACUAUAUGAUGAUAGACAAGGCCCAGUUGGUCAGUUUAAGCUCUACUGGGAGCCUUCGUUAUGUGACACCGGUCUACUUAAAGACCACAUGCAACAUGGACCUUACCUAUUACCCGUUUGAUACCCAGGUUUGUGACAUUUUCUUCUUUCCUGUGUUUGAUGACGUGAGACAAAAUAUAUCUGCACGUGUGGCAGAGGAACUGGACAGUGGGGUGUCGGUGACCGGACAGUGGAAAGUCAAGUCCAGAACUAUGACAAGAAUGGCCGUCGGUGACAUUGCUGACGUGGAAGUGUUUGUCAUGGUUAUAGAGAGACGCCCCGUGUUCUACUUGCUGUGUGUGUUAGCUCCAAUGAUUCUGACGUCAUCCGUGACUUCUAUUGUUUUCUGGAUCCCGCCAAAAUCUGGGGAGAAGAUGUCCUUUUUGGUCACAGUUUUUGUGUCGGACGCCUUGUUUCUGAACUUCGUUGCUGAACUGAUGCCCCGUAGUUUGAUGAAUGUCCCAAGACUACCGUUGUUCCUGGUCCUCGUCACCCUCCAGUGCAUGUUUGCAAUCCUGGCUACCAUCUUUGUGAUGCGAAAGUAUGAACAAGAACAGAACAGCCUCCUCUUUAAAAAGGAACAAGACAAGAAAAACGACAAGAUUUUAUAUCAGAGAAAAGAAGUUCAUGGAGAUCUUGAACCAACAAUGACGGCCGGUGAACAUUCAAAAAUUACCGCUUCUUAUUUUGCGUACAUUUUUGAUAAAUUUUCUUCUCCAACAUCAAGAGUUGCACCGUUUGACAAAGUGGGUAGGACAGAGAAGAUUCCCAAAACUCAGAGAAAAUGUCAAACAUUUUCUCUGAGAUCUUCAACAUGGGAUAUGAUUUUCUUCUGGCUGUUUCUUGCGAUAACGAUACCAGUUUAUUACAUUAUCUUUAAGGCUUGA